GUGCCCGUGCUCUAUGUUAUGGUCGUCUAUGCUGUCGUCAUCUUCGCCGCUUGGGUUAUGCCUGGAGCCAGGAUGAUCAUCACCCCCCUCAAACUGUUCACGAUAGGAUGGCAUGAGCUGUGUCACAUAACAUUAGCCGUCUUAACGGGAGGGUCCGUCAUGAAAGUGUGCAUAGACCCCGACGCAGGCGGGGCCACCAUCGUCUCCGGCGGCCAUCCCCCGACCAUCCUCGCCGCAGGCUACGUCGGCUCGACCAUCCUCGGCGGCCUCUUCAUCAUGGCCGGCUUUGACACCCUCGUCUCCAAGAUCAUGAGCUUCGUCAUCGGCAUCGGGCUCGUCGCGCCCUUGGCCCUCGUCCGCAACAAGCUAACCAUCCUGCUCACGGUCAUCUGGGAGGGUCUCCUCAUCGGGUUCUGGUUCAUCGACCAUGCGUGCGUGACUUUCUCGAAUUUUGUUGCUCACAACAGCAGACGAGACGCAUUAUUCAGACAAGCAUUACGAUGGUACUGCUUGUUCAUUGGUGUGAUGAACGCGCUGUACGUCGUCUGGGACAUCGCGGACGACAAGUACUUCCGCAAGGCCAACGACUCCGACGCGACCCAGUGGUCGAUAAUGUACCCCAAGACCCGCGCGCACGUCUGGGCCAUCUUCUGGAUAGCGUUCGAGGUCGCCGUCAUCAUCGGCUUCGUCCUCCUCGGCAUCGCCGCGUUCAAGCGUACCCCAGACGAGAUGGCCGCCGAGGCCGCGCAGUUCCUCCCGACAUAGCCCCGGAAACCCCCCGUCCCUCUCUGGAAAUGCCCCAAGCAUCGUUCCGCAUUCUCGUUGUCAUUACUAUCGCCCAGCAGCACACAAGCAUCUGUUGCAUAUAUACGCAUCGUCCUCGUCGCUCUGCUCUGUAUCCUUCUUUCCUCUGGUGUUCCGUUACUGUAGGUUAUUGACCCGCGCCUGCGCCCCGCGCCCGGUCCUGCAUUCUCCCCACUCACCCGCCCCGUCCACCCCAAUGUAGCAUCCCCCGCGCAGGACGUGUUGGGUUACUAUCCCAAAACGCCCGCCACGUCCAUGUCCCAUCUCACGCCCAGCCCAACGUUAUCUUCCGACCACGUUGCAUAUCUUCGUUCUACAUAU